AAGCCCGCAGCACUGUGCUUCCUGGCGUACUCUCAGUGUAACUGUGAGAGACGCUUGCUUGACCUUCCCUCUCGUCCUCUCCUGAUGUGUUGCUCAUUCUUCACCUCCUCCUCGUCGUUACCGGGCGUCUGACGUUUGGACGACGGCUGCGUUCAUGAAAAAAAUGGGUUGUGGAAAUUCGUCGGCCGCCAGCACCUCAGGAGGGGGGCCAUCCGAAGCCUCCAGGGAUGUGACAGAAGAUCCCUUGGCAGACGAUGAGAAAAGAAGGAACUAUGGCGGGGUGUACGUGGGGCUCCCGGCGGAUUUGACCACGGUGGCCGCAAGUCAGUCCAAGCCGAGCCGGAAAGACUAGCGGUCAUCAGUGAAGAGGACCCCCAAAAGAGGCAUAUUCACCUUGAGGCACCCUCUAUGGACUCCACCUUGGUGACUUCAGUGAGUGACGCGUCAGCCUUUUUCACGCGUCAGCCUUUUUCACGCGCCGCCUGAGUCAAGAUGCAGACUUUUUGUCAGGUCUCAGAAGACGGCUUUGCCUCGUGGACUCGUUACGGAAGGCGCAGCCACACAGAGCCGAGCUCUGCGGACGCCAAUUAUCAUCCUUCAAAAAAGAAGAAAAAAAAAGAUGGGCAUGGAAGUGGACAAGCGCCCUCUAGGGGAUUUAGGGUUAGGGUUAGAACAACGGGCAGAGAGCGUCGUGACCGGACCUGUCAGUCACCGUGAUGAAAUGUCGCUGGCCAAUUAAGAUUUUAUUUGAUUAUUAUUUCUCUCAUUAGCGGUCCGCAAAUAGCAAUCGCCACAUCAGUGACUCACUGCGGGCCACAACGAGAAUGUCAGAGAACCGUCGGGUGGUCCUUCAAGCUACGCUCACAAGCCACAAUAUAAAAUUUGGUAGACCUACACAAAUCUCUUACAAUCCUACAAAUUAAGGAAAAAAUAAAAAGUCUUAAAUAAAAUGAAUCAGAACUAUAGUGACGUAAUAAUGUGCAGGUGUACCUAAUGUUGUGGCCAUCGAGUGAACCCUCACAGACGUUGUACAUGACAUUUCUGAAUGUCCUUGUGAUGUUUCACUCUUACUAUCUUGGUAAAAAUCGUCCCAUGAAAAAAAACAAAUGCACUGACCUUGGAAUAUGUUCCCCUUAAUUCAACACGGAUAUGACAAAUCUAUAAUUUGAAGGCUGAGAGGAACAAGAGGCACAUUUGCAAGACAUCCUCUCCACUUAAUAAUAGCUGUGAUCCUGUUUUUUUCUUAUGCCACUUACGUAUUGUCUCACCUUUAAAGAAUAUAAAAUCUCAAAUUAUU